CCGGGGGGGCGGAGGGGGUGGGGGGAUGGGACAGUGCGGCUCUAAUGGCCACUCUAUGGAACUGGAGACUGUGAAUUUCCCUGAGUUUGUCGUCAGCUUUUAGGCAAGAAAAGGCCUGUUUGCUCCUCCCGCCUUGUGUCUGGUUUGUGGCUCUUGCUGCUGGUUCCUGUGUGUGGAGAGAGACCUAACCCGGGCCGGGGGCUAAGAUCCCGGGGCCAGAGGUGCUGGUUCUGGGCCUGCAGGAGGCAGGGGCUCCAAGGGCCUCUGCCCCCUUCAGCUGGUGGGACGCCCACCCCCCUUCCAUUUCCUGCUCUGGGGGGUUCUCUUGCGGCUUCAAUUGACUGAGCCCACAGUGUCAGGGAGGGAGGCUUCUCCAGCCCUCCCUGAGAGCCUGCAGCCCCACCCAGCAGGAGGUGCUAAGGAGCGAGUGCCCCUCCACCCAGCCGAGUCCCCUGCUGCCCCCGCCCAGCCGGGGGCAGUAAGGACUGAGUGGCUCCUCUCACUGUUCCUGGCUGUUACGAGCAGUGAGGGAAGGUGGGAAAGCGGAGGGUGUAACAAUGCUGGUCCUGGCGUGAGAGUGCCAAUUCAGGACAAAUUGCUUCAAGCAGGGCAGUUACAGCCCAAGGCUGGGGUUUCUUUGCACACCAAGGCAAAUCAAACCAGCCAGAGAGAGAGGACUUUGGUUUUACCCCACUGGCUAACCACAAGUCACACAAGCAAUUCCCUUAGACACUCCAGUUUCCCAGUAUCCCCACCAGCGCCGCUCGUUAUGGGGACAAAUGGUUAUGAAAACCAAUACCCCAGUAAAAUAAAAGAGGUUCUCUCAUUCCCAAAGGACCAAGCCCCAGACCCAGGUCAAUAUACAAAUCAGAUCCUACCCACCAAUCACGUUGUUGCCAAUCCUUUAGAAUCUAAAAUCUAAAGGUUUAUUCAUAAAAGGAAACAGAUAGCGAUGAGAGCUAGGAUUGGUGAAAUGGAAUCAAUGACAUACAGUGAUGGCAAAGUUCUUGGUUCAGGCUUGUAGCAGUGAUGGCAUAAACUGCAGGUUCAAAUCAGGUCUCUGGAGAACAUCCCCAGCUGGGAUGGGUCCUUCAGUCCUUUGUGUAGAGCUUCCGUUUGUAGCAAAUUCGCUCCAGAGGCAAGAAGCAGGAUUGAAGACAAGAUGGAGAUGAGGCAUCAGCCUUUUAUAGUCUCUUCCAGGUGUAAGAACCCCUCUUUGUUCUUACUGUGGAAAAUUACAGCAAAAUGGAAUUUGGAGUCACACGGGCAAGUCCGUGCACACUUUGCUGAGUCACAAGGCGUAUCUGCCUUCUCUCAAUGUAUCGCUGAUGGUCCUUAAUGGGCCAUCAAGCAGGCUAGGCAGAGCUGACACCAACUUGUCUGGGGUUUCACCCAGAAGCAUAGCACAAGUUUGAAAUACAGACAGUAUAGAGCCAAUAUUCAUAACUAACUACAGAAAUGAUACACACAGAUAGACAGCAUAACCAUAAACAGCAAACCAUAACCUUGUCUUGGACACCUCAUUUAACCCCCUUUAUGUAAGAUUUGGUGCCACUACAGGACCUUGGUUGCAACAAUGAUCUGUACGGUCCCAGAUUAUGUCAAUAUGUCAAUAACGUCACAGAGGGUUGCGCUGGUUCUUUAGUAGACCCCUCCCUGCCCCUCCUGGGAGCCGUAGUUCCAGGCCUCAUUCUCCCUUGGGGCUGAGCUGUCUGGCCAGACUGUGUCCCCCCGGGCAGCAGCGCAGUUGCCCUCUAACCAACUGUUCCUCUCGAUUUGAGACCCAAGUCUUGGUAAUUCUUGUUCCACUAAACUCCACGGCCAGGCUGGCAGCCCCUAGCUGGCAGAGCAUUAUAGUGCCUGCCUUGUUGACCUGUUUUCUCUGGCAGCUGCCUCGGAGGGAUGGAGCGGAAACAGACAAAGCUGAGGUGUGUUAAAGAGGGAUAGUAGAGACCGUGAGGGGAGGGAGACCAGCCGCUGCUCUUUCCCCUGGUCACAACACAGAGACAACGGGGCACCCAAGGGAACUGACAGUGAGCAAAAGGGAAUAUUUUAGAGAAUGCACAUGUAGUCUGUGGAACUCACUGCCGCUAGAUUAAGAGCUGGGUAGGGUUAAAAAAGAAUCCGAUGUUUCUAUGGAGAAUGAGAAAGGUACAAAGAAGCAACCUGGCUUCCUCCUGCAGGGCAGGGGCCAAGCCCAACAGCUGUACCCAGGGCUAAGGGAUGGCCUGUCAGGGCAGGUUAUCCCACUGAUACCUUCAGCAGGGCUCCUGUGCCUCCCCCAGAGGCAGCCAGUGCCAAGGAACAAACUAGAUGGAUACGGGGCUGCUCCAGGCUAACAAUCUCACUGCCUAUCACUGCUGCUCCCCUGGCCUGGCUGUGGGAAUGGCUCUGAAUGUGGCUCCUUGCCGCCAUGCCCCCGCCACAGCUCCUGGCCGCAGCUGGGUGCGUGCAGGGAAUCUGCCCUCAGGAGCAGCCUCCUGAGCAUCUCUGGUUGCUAUGGGGCCAGUGUCAUUACAGGGUGCGGCCCUGGGGCUGUGGAACUGCCCUGGCCUCCCCCAGGGCUAAUUACUGCAAGGAAGGGGUGGGGCAGGAGGGUGCCUGCAGCUGCCUCUGGUAGUGCUGAGCACAGCUCCCUGCCCAUGGGGCAUGCAGGAGGCCACACUCUGCCUUGUUUGUCUCUGCUCUCGGCACACAGCGCCGCUGGCUCCUGUCGUCAGUGCCCCGGAACAGCUAGCGGCAAGGCCUUCCCCGCAGCAGCUUCCCCCUCCUGGCUGGACCCCGUCCCUGCCAAGCCAGGCCCCAUGCGCUGUCAAUACUCCUUGCAGGCUGCUUGCUAGAGGGCCCUUGUCCCAGGGCUGUGAGCUUGGAGCACCAGGAGACCCUGCACGUACCAAACUGAAGGCCGUGGGAUGGGAGCUCAGUGCUGGGGCCGGGCAGUGGCCUUGGGGCAUGGGAUGGUCCUGGGUACAAUGCCAGGCUCAGGCUUGUGCUGCCCCCUAAUGAACAGCUCUAGCCCCAUGGUGUGGGAGAACCUCCCAGACUGGCCCCCAGGUAACAGGGGCAGGAGGCCUGCCUGAGUCUGCAGAGAGCCUGAAGCAGGAGAGCGGAGGGGAAUGGUGGCUCGCAGCAGUGCUGGUGGCUGGAACAGACCAGGCAGGUCUCUGCUGGCAGCUGCGGCGUGUGUGCACAGGUGAAAGGGUCCUGGCAGCCCGUGUGCAGGGUGCCCAGGGCUGGCUGCUCUGUGGGUGGGGCGGGCGGCAGGAGGAAGGGGCUGGCACGCUGCCCCCUCCCCCAUCUGCAGGGCACCUAUAAGUGCAGCAAUUAGCGGCUCUGGCUCCUGAGCCACCGCUACUGGACCUUCUGGCGGGGGCCCAAGGCCCUGCCCCUGGGUGGGGAAGGGCAGGAGGGUGCUUGUCCUGGCAGGCCCUGGCUGGGCUGGGCUGGUUCUCCCUCUGCCCUGCUUGGCAGGGGUCUUCUGAGAGGCCAUCUUGUUGCUGGCCCUCCUCCCCGGUGCCCCCCAUCCCUGCUGCGCUGCCAUUCUCCAGGCCACGCGGUAACAGCUCUGCCUCUGCCCCAUGGAACAUGACCAGGGCCCGGCCUUGCCAGGUGCUGGCACAGGGGGUUGGAUGAGGGGCCUCUCACCCUAGGCAGGAGCAUGGCCACCCCAUGCCAGCCUCGCCACCCAGAGCUGGGUACGGUUGGACUUGUGCUGGCAUAGCACUCCCUACUCCUCUGUGUGCCCUUCCCCACCUGCUCUCCAGCCAGAGCUGCCUUCCCCUCCUGCAUCGAAUCAGAACUCCUGUCGCCCCCAGGUUUGGCUUUAUGAACAGAACUGCCUGUCUGCCCAGGCUAGGCUGCUCCAGGACUCCUCUCUCUGCCCUGCUCAGCCCACACCCUAGAUCCUCUCUCCCCAGGGAGCCACUGCCCCGGCCCUGCCUGGGGGAGUCACUAGCACCCACUUUCUUGGCUGACAAGUGGGGCUCAGGAAUGCCAACACCAGCCUCAAAAGUGCUUGCCCCACCGGGCACUGGCUCCCGGAGAGGCUCAUUAGUGAUGUGCCUGCCUCCUUGGCUCGGCCGGGUCCCAGUGGAGCCGGGCAGUAAGUGCAAAAGGCUCCUGCGGAGAGGCCUUAAUGGCUGCGCGAGGGAGAGGUGCUUGCUGGGCCCGAGAUGGAGGCGGGGGCAGGAGGGGCCGUGGUUUCUGUUUCCUCAGACUGGAGCCUGAGCUGCCUCUGCCCAAGGAGCAGACAAGAAGAUGCUGCACAGACUCUUGCUGGGGGGCCUCCUCUGCACAACACUGCCUACCAGCUUCCUCGGCACGGCCUCGGCCCGUAACCUGCACCUCUGCGAGGGAUAUCGCAGCCCUGAUGGACGCUACCACUCCGGCUUCUACUGCCCACGCCUCACUGACCCCCCUGCACACAGGUGCUGCUGCCGCCACGGAGACCGUGCCCUGAAAUCCUGCUGCCCCCAGCUGGAGUUUGAGAGCCUGAGAAGGGUCAAUCUGUCCAACGUGCCCACCCCAGCCAGACUCAGGAACCCACUGCCCCUGCUGGCUGUGGGGCUCUACGGCCUUCUCGUCCUCACGCUCAUGACCCUCGACUUCCUCCACUUCUGCAGACUCAACCAGCGCUGCUUUUACAGCCUCCCGAGCAGCAGCCACCUGGGCAAGCGCCUGGCCAGCUCCUUCCCGCACCGCUGCCCGCAGCCCGGCCCGGCGCGAGGAGGGACCCGGCAGCAGGAGCUGCCAGCGGCCCAGCCCGACGCGAGGAGGGACCCAGCAGCAGGAGCUGCCCGCAGCCCGGCCUGGCGCGAGGAGGGACCCGGCAGCAGGAGCUGCCCGCAGCCCGGCCCGGCGCGAGGAGGGACCCAGCGGCAGGAGCUGCCCGCAGCCCGGCCCGGCGCGAGGAGGGACCCAGCGGCAGGAGCUGCCCACAGCCCGGCGCGAGGAGGGACCCAGCGGCAGGAGCUGCCCGCAGCCCGGCCCGGCGCGAGGAGGGACCCAGCGGCAGGAGCUGCCCGCAGCCCAGCCCGACGCGAGGAGGGACCCGGCAGCAGGAGCUGCCAGCGGCCCAGCCCGACGCGAGGAGGGACCCAGUGGCAGGAGCUGCCCACAGCCCGGCCCGGCGCGAGGAGGGACCCGGCAGCAGGAGCUGCCAGCGGCCCAGCCCGACGCGAGGAGGGACCCAGCAGCAGGAGCUGCCCGCAGCCCGGCCUGGCGCGAGGAGGGACCCAGUGGCAGGAGCUGCCCCACGGCCCAGCCCGACGCGAGGAGGGACCCAGCGGCAGGAGCUGCCCACGGCCCAGCCCGACGCGAGGAGGGACCCAGCGGCAGGAGCUGCCCGCGGCCCAGCCCGGCGCGAGGAGGGACCCAGCGGCAGGAGCUGGCUGUACCCACAGCCCAGCCCAGCCAGGACAGCAAGUGUGAAGAGCAGGUGCCACAGUGACUGUGGGGUGACGCUUGGGGCAGAGGGCGUGUCAGCUGUCGGUAUUACAGAGGUGCUGUUAGCAGAGCCUGGCACGCUGCCACUGCGAUAAAGCCAGCCCAUGCCUCAGCCCCGCACUGUUUGGCCUGGCCCUUAUAAAGUGCCUAAGCUGCUUGACAGGCCAA